ACGGAAGUGGCGUAUGAACAACAUGGUGGAAACUGAUGUACUGUGUAGCAAAACAAACGGUUUGAACGUCUAUAAAGUUCGUUUUGACCAAUAUGUUUUCUCAUUAGAGGCGUAAAACAAAAUAAAAAUAAUUUUGUUUUGUUUUUUGUACAUUUAGAGAUUUUUUCUGCGUUUUGUCAAUGUCGUAGUUUGGGUGCAAAAAUGUCCAAACCUGGAGUGGCGUCGCUCCACGAAGCGCUACAGAAAAGCUUCCAGGGUCUGGAGAACAAUCAGAAGAUAUGGACGAGUUUGUUGGCAGAGUGCGUCCCUCUGCUGGAGUCCCUGGGGAAUCUGGCCGAGCAGUCCAAAGCUCUGUCCAAUGUCCAACUGUCCAUUACGCCGCUCAGAGUGUUCCCUGACCUGGAGGACCGUUUACGCUUCAAGCUCCAAGAAGCCAUGGACACAGUGCUGGUAAAACUGAACGAGAAGAUGUCCUCCUUUCAGUCUGUCCGAGACGCCAUCACCAACCACGUCUCUGGAGUCGUGCAGCUUUAUGAGCAGCUCACAGACUCCCUGGAUCUAAACUGUGUGACAGAACGCUCUGCCACCGCCCCGUCCAUCGCUGACAUGAUGGAGUGGCUGCAGGACGCAGGUCGUCACUAUCAACGGCAAUUUAUGAAGAGGAAACUGUUGCUGCAGACGCUGAGGCCUGAUGACCUCACUCUGAUGGAAUCUGCCCCUGGUCGAUGGAAAUCCUUGGCGUCUCAGAGCGCAGAGGACAACAUCACAGAUGCAUUUUUUAAAGUUUCCUUCUUCAUGGAAUCCUGAUGAGAGCCGUCGAGAGGAAGUGAAAUGGAAGUUUGGAUUUGUUUAUCAGUGAAUGAAAAAACUGGCAAAAAGUGAUAUUUUUUUUCUACAGACUGUGUACAAUACACUCUGACUUUUUUAUUUUCUUUUACAUGUGUAACAAAUACAAGCUCAGUGAAGGAAGGCUACAUGUGUCAGAUUAGGAGGUAGAAACAUUUUCAGAGAAAAUUCACUGCAAAUCUUCUACAACACUGUAGUUUCAGGGCAGACACAGCACGACAGGAAUUCAGGUUUACUAUUUUCUGUGAAAAUCACAUGGAUUAUAUUUUUGAUUUUAUUGUUUGUGUGAGUUUUGUAGGAAUUACAAAAAAGUGUUUUUAAUAAAUUUCAGUGAAUGUG